AUGCACACUCUCACGCGCUCUCUCACGCGCUCUCUCACGCGAAAUCUCACGCGCUCUCUCACGCGCUCUCUCACGCGCUCUCUCACGCGCACUCUCACGCGCACUCUCACGCGCUCUCUCACGCGCUCUCUCACGCGCUCUCUCACGCGCACUCUCACGCGCACUCUCACGCGCUCUCUCACGCGCACUCUCACGCGCACUCUCACGCGCUCUCUCACGCGCUCUCUCACGCGCACUCUCACGCGCACUCUCACGCGCUCUCUCACGCGCACUCUCACGCGCACCCUCACGCGCACUCUCACUCGCUCUCACACGCGCACUCUCACUCGCUCUCUCACGCGCUCUCUCACUCGCACUCUCUUGCGCAUUCUCUCUCACGCGCACUCUCACGCGCUCUCUCACGCGCUCCCUCACGCGCUCUCUCAUGCGCACUCUCACGCGCACUCCUAUGCACACUCUCACGCGCUCUCUCACGCGCUCUCUCACGCGCACUCUUACGCGCUCCCUCAUGUGCUCUCUCACGCGCACUCCCAUGCACACUCUUACUCGCUCUCUCACGCGCACUCUCACGCGCUCUCUCACGCGCUCUCUCACGCGCACUCUCACGCGCACUCUCACGCGCUCUCUCACGCGCUCUCUCACGCGCUCUCUCACGCGCACUCUCACGCGCACUCUCACGCGCUCUCUCACGCGCACUCUCACGCGCACUCUCACGCGCUCUCUCACGCGCUCUCUCACGCGCACUCUCACGCGCACCCUCACGCGCACUCUCACUCGCUCUCUCACUCGCACUCUCUUGCGCAUUCUCUCUCACGCGCACUCUCACGCGCUCUCUCACGCGCUCCCUCACGCGCUCUCAUGCGCACUCUCACGCGCACUCCUAUGCACACUCUCACGCGCUCUCUCACGCGCUCUCUCACGCGCACUCUUACGCGCUCCCUCAUGUGCUCUCUCACGCGCACUCCCAUGCACACUCUUACUCGCUCUCUCACGCGCAAUCUCACUCGCUCUCUCACGCGCUCUCUCACGCGCACUCUCACGCGCACUCUCACGCGCUCUCUCACGCGCUCUCUCACGCGCUCUCUCACGCGCACUCUCACGCGCACUCUCACGCGCUCUCUCACGCGCACUCUCACGCGCACUCUCACGCGCUCUCUCACGCGCUCUCUCACGCGCACUCUCACGCGCACUCUCACGCGCACUCUCACGCGCACUCUCACGCGCACCCUCACGCGCACUCUCAUUCGCUCUCACACGCGCACUCUCACUCGCUCUCUCACGCGCUCUCUCACUCGCACUCUCUUGCGCAUUCUCUCUCACGCGCACUCUCACGCGCUCUCUCACGCGCUCCCUCACGCGCUCUCUCAUGCGCACUCUCACGCGCACUCCUAUGCACUCUCACGCGCUCUCUCACGCGCUCUCUCACGCGCACUCUUACGCGCUCCCUCAUGUGCUCUCUCACGCGCACUCCCAUGCACACUCUUACUCGCUCUCUCACGCGCACUCUCACGCGCACUCUCACGCGCACUCUCACGCGCACUCUCACGCGCACUCUCACGCGCUCUCUCACGCGCUCUCUCACGCGCUCUCUCACGCGCACUCUCACGCGCACUCUCACGCGCUCUCUCACGCGCACUCUCACGCGCACUCUCACGCGCUCUCUCACGCGCUCUCUCACGCGCACUCUCACGCGCACUCUCACGCGCUCUCUCACGCGCACUCUCACGCGCACCCUCACGCGCACUCUCAUUCGCUCUCACACGCGCACUCUCACUCGCUCUCUCACGCGCUCUCUCACUCGCACUCUCUUGCGCAUUCUCUCUCACGCGCACUCUCACGCGCUCUCUCACGCGCUCCCUCACGCGCUCUCUCAUGCGCACUCUCACGCGCACUCCUAUGCACACUCUCACGCGCUCUCUCACGCGCUCUCUCACGCGCACUCUUACGCGCUCCCUCAUGUGCUCUCUCACGCGCACUCCCAUGCACACUCUUACUCGCUCUCUCACGCGCUCUCUCACGCGCACUCUCACGCGCACUCCUAUGCACACUCUCACGCGCUCUCUCACGCGCUCUCUCACGCGAAAUCUCACGCGCUCUCUCACGCGCUCUCUCACGCGCUCUCUCACGCGCACUCUCACGCGCACUCUCACGCGCUCUCUCACGCGCUCUCUCACGCGCUCUCUCACGCGCACUCUCACGCGCACUCUCACGCGCUCUCUCACGCGCACUCUCACGCGCACCCUCACGCGCACUCUCACUCGCUCGCACACGCGCACUCUCACUCGCUCUCUCACGCGCUCUCUCACUCGCACUCUCUUGCGCAUUCUCUCUCACGCGCACUCUCACGCGCUCUCUCACGCGCUCCCUCACGCGCUCUCUCAUGCGCACUCUCACGCGCACUCCUAUGCACACUCUCACGCGCUCUCUCACGCGCUCUCUCACGCGCACUCUUACGCGCUCCCUCAUGUGCUCUCUCACGCGCACUCCCAUGCACACUCUUACUCGCUCUCUCACGCGCACUCUCACGCGCUCUCUCACGCGCUCUCUCACGCGCACUCUCACGCGCACUCUCACGCGCUCUCUCACGCGCUCUCUCACGCGCUCUCUCACGCGCACUCUCACGCGCACUCUCACGCGCUCUCUCACGCGCACUCUCACGCGCACUCUCACGCGCUCUCUCACGCGCUCUCUCACGCGCACUCUCACGCGCACUCUCACGCGCUCUCUCACGCGCACUCUCACGCGCACCCUCACGCGCACUCUCAUUCGCUCUCACACGCGCACUCUCACUCGCUCUCUCACGCGCUCUCUCACACGCACUCUCUUGCGCAUUCUCUCUCACGCGCACUCUCACGCGCUCUCUCACGCGCUCCCUCACGCGCUCUCUCAUGCGCACUCUCACGCGCACUCCUAUGCACUCUCACGCGCUCUCUCACGCGCUCUCUCACGCGCACUCUUACGCGCUCCCUCAUGUGCUCUCUCACGCGCACUCCCAUGCACACUCUUACUCGCUCUCUCACGCGCUCUCUCACGCGCACUCUCACGCGCACUCCUAUGCACACUCUCACGCGCUCUCUCACGCGCUCUCUCACGCGCACUCUCACGCGCACCCUCACGCGCACUCUCACUCGCUCUCACACGCGCACUCUCACUCGCUCUCUCACGCGCUCUCUCACUCGCACUCUCUUGCGCAUUCUCUCUCACGCGCACUCUCACGCGCUCUCUCACGCGCUCCCUCACGCGCUCUCUCAUGCGCACUCUCACGCGCACUCCUAUGCACACUCUCACGCGCUCUCUCACGCGCUCUCUCACGCGCACUCUUACGCGCUCCCUCAUGUGCUCUCUCACGCGCACUCCCAUGCACACUCUUACUCGCUCUCUCACACGCAAUCUCACGCGCUCUCUCACGCGCUCUCUCACGCGCACUCUCACGCGCACUCUCACGCGCUCUCUCACGCGCUCUCUCACGCGCUCUCUCACGCGCACUCUCACGCGCACUCUCACGCGCUCUCUCACGCGCACUCUCACGCGCUCUCUCACGCGCUCUCUCACGCGCUCUCUCACGCGCACUCUCACGCGCACUCUCACGCGCUCUCUCACGCGCACUCUCACGCGCACUCUCACGCGCACCCUCACGCGCACUCUCAUUCGCUCUCACACGCGCACUCUCACUCGCUCUCUCACGCGCUCUCUCACUCGCACUCUCUUGCGCAUUCUCUCUCACGCGCACUCUCACGCGCACUCUCACACGCACUCUCGGCGCGCUCGCUCCCGUGCACACUCCCCUCUUCUUCAAAUGAAAAGGCGACGGCGGGAAGGGAAGGGAAGGCGACGACGGGGAGGGAGGGAGGCGACGAUGGGGAGGGCGAGGCGACGGCGAAGGGAGAGGCGACGGCGGAGGGAGAGGCGAACGCGGAGGGAGAGGCGACGGCGGAGGGAGAGGCGACGGCGGAGGGGGAGGCGACGGCGGAGGGAGAGGCGACGGCGGAGGAAGAGGCGACGGCGGAGGGAGAGGCGACGGCGGAGGGAGAGGCGACGACGGAGGGAGAGGCGACGGCGGAGGGAGAGGCGACGGCGGAGGGAGAGGCGACGGCGGAAUGGGAGGGAGAGGCAACGGCGGGGUAG